GAAAUGCUACUACUAGCUUCAAUAACUUAACCAGCGAUUGACGACCGAGAUCUCGACGAAGGAUGGUAUCACAGCAACAACCCAUAGAGGAGUUUGCCCACACUCUCCCUCAACGUGGAGAUGAGCUGACCUUCCCAGUUGUCGAUGACCAACCCCUUCCGCACCGCAGUCAGACCCCUCAAUGAUGACUACCCCAGUCCCCUUUCCUACAACUGCAUUGAAGACAGCAACAACGCCCUCCACGAUGAUCUAUCGAUACUCCCACUUCGAGGAGAUCCCAAACACCAGUCAAGUAGGAAGUCGUUGUUCGAAUAGACGUUUCAUGCUGCAUUCCGAAUGCUACUACCCCUUCAUACGCAUGCCAAGUACUUCCUCUCUACCCCUCCCUCCCUCCAGAGUCUGUUCUCUUCCCUUCGUGCGACACACAUACCCCAAGAGCACUAAUGUUGAGGCUAGUAGAAACGAAGCUCUAUACUUCUGCACUCCUGCCACUCCUCACGUGGUGUUACCGUUUCUAUCCCAGGGGCGAACAAUAAAUUAAACAAUUUUUGGGAAAGUAUAUUAUGAACGAAAAAUGCUGCCAAACACCAAAUCACCAUCACCUGUCUUGCUCAGCAGUGAACUAAGUCCAACUACAAAAGUUCACAUCUCUGGUAGGUAGCAGUCCCACUUGCUUGAACGGCCUUAGGCAGACUCGGCAACAGGAAUUUCAUAUAUAGGGCUAAUACACCCU